AUGGCAGAGAAUUCUGGAAGUUUACUAAUGGAGUGUACACAUUUAUGGAUGUCUACUGCAUUCUUCUUCUCGCCCAGAUCUGGCCUAGAAGAACACUGUUCUGUGUCAUCUGAGGUUUCCAGUGAUCUUAUAAUUCACGUGAAGCAAAUAUUUACUUCACAAGAAAGUGCUUUUAGUACUGGAGGAAGAAUUUUUGAUCUCUUCCGUAGUUCUUUAACCUCGAGGAUGGUUGAGGUCUUGGUGUGUACUCAAAAUUGGCUAAAAGAAACUCCGAUCACAGAGAGAUAUUACAUGGAGGAUGUUGAGAAAUAUACCAAAUUGGAUAAAGAGCUUUUCGAAUUAGAGUUUGAAUCAAGUAGUACAUAG